UAGCUAUCCAUAAAUGUCACUGUGUUAAAACCAAUUUAUAUCAAAAUCCAAGUGAAUAUCAGGAAAUGAAUACCAGGAUCUUAAAAGACACGGAUCAUUAGCUCUAGGGUCAUUCAGUAAGGAAACGUUGAUGCAGGAAUUCAUACUAUAUGAGAACGAAGUGUAAAAGAUCAACUAGACAAGAUUCAAAAUGCUCAAACAGACAUUAGGGAGUGCAAUUUUUCUGUUUUGCCUUGCGUUCAACCUCAGUAAUGCUCUCACAUGUGCACCAUGCGAGAAUGAAGAUCUGGAAGAAUGUGAACCUCUGGAAGAGUUGAAGAGCCACUGUGAGCCUAAGAUGGGAGUCUGGUGUGACUGUUGUGAUCGCUGUGCUUUAAAAGAAGGACGUGCCUGCAACACUUAUGAAGUUGGAUGUGAAAGUCAUUUGGACUGUGUAGAUAUAAAGGGAACUGGAAUGAUAAAGAAUGAGAUAAAAUGGCAUGACUUUCGUUUCAAAGGAAAAUGUACAGACCUGCAGAAAGAAGGACUGAGAAAAUUUACUGACAGAUAUGGUCGUCAAUGGAUUGAAGGAAGUCAGCUUUAUAGGAAACCACCUAACCCCUGGUUAAACUAAUAAAUAAGAGUACAUUUGGAGUAUUGCAUCUAACCUCAUCAACUAUUCAGGGAUCUAAAUUGAACUGAUAAACUAUAUGUGGUAUGUCAUGGCUAGAUGAGCUAAUCAGACUGUAAUAAAAAUGUCACUUCCUAAA